AUGGUCCUCUUCAAGCUUUCUACGGGCGCAACAAAGCUUUCUCUCUGCUUCGUCUACGCCGGACUUUUCCAAAAGGCAGACACUCUUACCGUUCGGAUCUCGCGAGUCAUCAACUGGAUUCUAGCCACUGUCGUUCUCAUCUUUUAUACUGCCACCUUCUUAGCAAGUGUAUUUCAGUGCACUCCAAUCAAGAAAGCAUGGACGUCCAAGAUCGAGGGUACAUGUAUCGACAAAACCCAGCUCCGAUAUGCAGGGCAUGCAGUCAAUCUCAUUACCAGCGUUUGGGUCAUAGCACUGCCUCUGCCAGUCUUGUUCAAGCUUUCAACCAGAGCAAGAGAAGUCACUCAGAUUAUAUUUUUGGUCCUUCUUGGUGGCGUCCAUACGGGGUGUGUUUUAGCACGACUAAUCCUGCAAUUCAUCCCCAACAAGGAUCCGGACAAGAGUGGACAGUGGGCUAACACAGUUGGAAACUCAACAUCCAUGGUGGAACUAUUUGUCGGUAUUAUUGCAGCUUGUCUCGUGGUUAUGCGUCCUUGUUUCCAAGGCGUUACUCGCAAAGUCUUUGGUACCACUAUCGACGGUACACGAUCUAGGGCAAAUAAUUCGAAUGCCCAUGUCUUGACCUCAGUGCCGCGAACGAAUUACAAAGAAGUGAAGAUCACGAAGACGGUUGAUGUGAAAAUGACAAGCAGGUCAGGGUCGGAGGAAGAUCUCUUUGAUCAUCGGGACCGAUUCUGA